GCCCAGUCGCUCCUCGGGUCUCCCGCGGGGCCGCCUCCGCCUCCUCCUCCCGAGACGGGCGUGGGGCACGGGGUCGCCGCCCGGCGGGGAGCUCAUCCGGCGGCGCAGACGCCCCGCGGCUCCGGGGAGGGACUUGGCCUGGGCCCCGGCCCCGGGCUCCUCCGGGGAGGAGCCGAGAGGCUGCAGCUGGCGGCGGCGGCGGCCCUGGGCGGGCGGGGGUCCCGGGAAGCGGCCAGGCCGGAGCCCCCCACUGCGCCGCAGCUGCUGGCCUGGCCGGAACCGAGCGCGCCCUCCCGGCCUCCGCCGCUUCCCUCUGCAAACCGCCGGCCGGAGGCGCCCUCCCUGAGCGGGCCCGGAGCCGCAGAGGCGUCGCGGGGCGCGGCCGAGGGGAGGAGGAAGGAGAGCGGAGCGCAGCCGGCCCGGGCCCAGCCGUGACUCGCGGGGCGGCGGCUCCGCCAAUCUGCGGGCGCUGACGCGGGGGGCGGCUCCGCGGCGCUCGAUAUCUGCCCGCCCGGGGCGCGGGGCGCCGAGAGGCUGGGCCAGGCGGGAGCUGCGCUCGGGGCGGCCGCUGCACCUGCCCCGGACCCCGCCGGCCGCUCCCGCGCCCACCCCUCCGCCCUUCGCCCUCCCAGUCCCGGGCUCCCGGGCGCGCGGUGAGAGCAGAGCCCGGCCCGGAGGAGCCGCCCCUUCCCCGCCCGCCCGCCUAGAGAGGAACGCGCUGAGGAUCGGGUCGCCUGCGGCCGCCGCCACCGCCCGGGCCCGUCGCGCCCCGGCCGGGAUGGACCCGCGCGCCCGAUGAGCCCCGCGCCGGCCGCUGCAACCGCCGAGCCUCCCCCUGCUGCGGCCCCCGCCGCCCCCCGCGCGCCCGGCUCCGCGGACCAGGACUCCUGCGCUUCCCGGCUGAGGGCGCGGCCGCUCCGGAGAGGCCGAGCGGUGACGGCCCCGAGAUGGCGCGGGGACCCAGCGCUUUGGCCGCGGGCGCCCUGCACGCGGUCCGAGCCCGGGCACAGCCCCGGAGCUGGUAGCCGUCCGGCGCCGAUGGACCUUGACCCGCGAGGCGGCGCCGCGCUCGUGCCCAGCCGCAGCUAGAGGGGCGCCAGGGGAACGCGCUCCAGGCCCGGGCCGGCCGCGCGGCCAUGAAGAUGAUCCUGGUGCGCCGGUUCCGCGUGCUCAUCCUCAUGGUCUUCCUGGUGGCCUGCGCGCUGCACAUCGCCCUGGACCUGCUGCCCCGGCUGGAGCGGCGCGGCGCGCGGCCCUCGGGGGAGCCCGGCUGUUCGUGCGCGCAGCCCGCCGCCGAGGUGGCCGCGCCCGGCUGGGCCCAGGUUCGGGGCCGCCCCGGGGAGCCCCCGGCCGCCUCCUCCGCCGCCGCCGACGCGGGCUGGCCCAACAAGCACACGCUCCGCAUCCUGCAGGACUUCAGCUCCGACCCCUCCUCCAACCUCUCGUCCCACUCGCUGGAGAAACUGCCGCCCGCGGCGGAGCCGGCCGAGCGCGCCUUGCGGGGGCGGGACCCCGGCGCCCGGAGACCCCACGACCCCGCGCACCGGCCGCUGCUGCGAGACCCCGGCCCGCGUCAGUCCAAGCCGCCGCCCGGCCCCGGCGGAGACGCCUCCCUCCUGGCCAGGCUGUUCGAGCACCCGCUUUACCGGGUGGCGGUUCCACCGCUCACGGAGGACGACGUCCUGUUCAAUGUGAACAGCGACAGCAGGCUCAGCCCCAAAGCGGUGGAAAGCCCGGACUGGCCGCGUGUGGGUGCUGAAGGUGCAGAAUUCCUCUCCACCGGGGAGGCAGCCGUGGACUCCUAUCCCAACUGGCUCAAGUUCCACAUUGGCAUCAACCGGUACGAGCUGUACUCCAGACACAACCCAGCCAUCGAGGCCCUGCUGCACGACCUCAGCUCCCAGAGGAUCACCAGCGUGGCCAUGAAGUCGGGGGGCACGCAGCUGAAGCUCAUCAUGACCUUCCAGAAUUACGGGCAAGCGCUGUUCAAACCCAUGAAACAAACGAGGGAGCAGGAGACGCCCCCUGACUUUUUUUAUUUCUCUGACUACGAGAGGCACAACGCGGAGAUUGCAGCCUUCCACCUGGACAGGAUCCUGGACUUCCGCCGGGUUCCUCCCGUGGCCGGCAGGAUGGUCAACAUGACCAAGGAGAUCCGGGAUGUCACGCGGGACAAGAAGCUCUGGAGGACCUUCUUCAUCUCUCCAGCCAACAACAUCUGCUUCUACGGCGAGUGCUCCUACUACUGCUCCACGGAGCACGCCCUGUGCGGGAAGCCGGACCAGAUCGAGGGCUCGCUGGCAGCCUUCCUGCCCGACCUGUCCCUGGCCAAGAGGAAGACCUGGCGGAACCCUUGGCGGCGCUCCUACCACAAGCGCAAGAAGGCCGAGUGGGAGGUGGACCCUGACUACUGCGAGGAGGUGAAGCAGACACCGCCCUACGACAGCAGCCACCGCAUCCUGGACGUCAUGGACAUGACAAUCUUCGACUUCCUCAUGGGAAACAUGGACCGUCACCACUACGAGACGUUUGAGAAGUUUGGGAACGAAACAUUCAUCAUCCACUUAGACAAUGGAAGAGGGUGAGCCUGUCCUUGCCCUGCACACCCGGGGAAGGGCCAGCCGCCUCCUGGCCCAGCUACCUGCAGCCCAGCUGAGACCCCGGGAAGUGGGGGAAUAGACCCUCCAGUGGAGGGAUGGGAAUGCCACAAAGGCCCAUCUUGGAGCCAGAUGCAGGGGGUAUCCCCAGGCCCCAACCAGGACAGAGGGCUGCCCCAGGAGCGGGACCUCCGAGGCACAGGAACGCUGCAAACCAAGUCCUAGCAGACCUGGUGUUACCUGGGAAACAGGCUGGGAGAGGCUGCUGGUAGGAAGAGCAGGACCGUGCAGAAUAGACGGGCCUCUGCCCGCAUGCGGGACCCGGAGCCAGCCUACCGGGGAUAGACGGCCUCUGCGUCCCACCUGCGAUUGCUGCUGGCCUGCCACGGGUGGUCUUGGGCGGCACGAUGAGACCCUGGUGACCAGGGAGGGUGACCCCUGAUAAACAAAGCACGAGGCGAGUAAUUCGGGCAGGAGGACGUCCAUUCCCAGGCUCGGAGGCCUCAGAGAGAUGGGCGGUGGGCCCCAAUAGCUUGUGUGUGUGGCUGUAAAGACGGCUCCAUGGCUAAGCUGUGGGCUGACGCUCCCUGGAGCCAUCUCAACUCGGCUGCCUGGGGCCCUUCCCCAGGCCAGAGGCCAGGACCCCACAUACAGGGCUGGGGACAAGCGGGGG